AUGGAUCUAACCAGUGGCACUGAGCGAAACUCAAUUUUGAAGGCCAUCUCAGGGUUAUGGCAGCAGCCUCUUGCGUCACGAAGUCCAUUCGAAGCUGAUGACCCCAUGAACGACCCAGAGCAUAUAUUCCGAGAAUCAUCGAUGGUCGUGCGUACUGACGAGCCGACUUCAAUCAUCGCGCUUGCGCUGAAUUCUCCUCAAUAUCGGGAUAUGCUUUCUAGGUCUCGGGCAGAAAAGCGGACCGCCGUUCGGGAGGCCAAGUUGACUGAAGGCGAAGCUUUUAUGCCUGACGACAAGUCAGUGGCGGAGUCAAGUUCGACAUGGGGCGUCGUGGAUGUGGAUGCUAUCGAGCUUGCAGAUCCUACCGAGGAUAUGAAGAUAGCCUCUUCCAAGCUCCCUUGGGCUAUCUCAUUCGAAAGCGGUGGCCUGACGAUCAGUUGCACGGUGCUCUAUCCAGAGCAAUUUGAUGCUCUCCGACGGACGUACGACUGCGAAAAGAGUAUGAUUGAGUCGCUUGCGCGAUGCAUUAAAUGGGAUGCCAGCGGUGGAAAGUCGGGGUCUGCUUUUCUCAAGACUCGAGAUGAUCGAUUCAUUGCGAAGGAGCUUUCGCGGCCUGAGUUGCAAACCAUGGAAACGUUUGCUCCUGCGUACUUUGACUACAUGUCGUCGGCGGUGUCUGCGGAUCGACCCACUUUGCUCGCUAAAAUCUUUGGAUGCUACAAGCUGACUUUCAAGAAGACUGGAAAGGACAAGGCUCAUGGUGGCAAAUCUAAGUCCACCCAGAUGAACCUGCUUGUGAUGGAGAACUUGUUCUACAACCGACGAUUUUCGAAGUUGUACGAUCUCAAAGGCUCAACUCGCAAUCGACGGGUCCAGUCCACAGGACGGGAAAAUGAAGUUCUUCUAGACGAGAACUUGGUUGAGACUGCCCAUCUCACGCCUUUUUAUCUGAGAGAACACUCCAAACGGAUCCUCCGCGGAGCUCUCUACAACGACACCAAAUUCUUGAGUGACGUGAAUGUCAUGGAUUAUUCCUUCCUCGUUGGCGUCGAUAGUCAAAAUAAUGAGCUGGUCAUCGGCAUCGUCGACUAUAUCCGCACGUACACCUGGGAUAAGAAGCUCGAAAGCUGGGUCAAAGAAUCAGCUUUCCUUGGUGGUGCCGCUCGUGGCGAGCCUACUAUCAUCACACCUAAACAAUACCGACAACGAUUCUUGGGUGCAAUGGAGCGCUAUUUCCCUCUGGUGCCAGACCGCUGGAUGAAGCAAAGAGACUCACCAGAAUUCGAAGAAGACUCGCAUCUAUUGGAGUUAUGGCCUGAUUGGUAG